CGGGGAGAGGACGCGCUGACAGAGCCGCAGACGGUCUGGCGGACGGACGGCCCGACGGGCGGGCAUGCGGGCGGCCGGACUCUAGCAGGGGAGCCAGGCUCCGGCCGCAGCCAUGGAGCGGCGGCUGCGCGCGCUGGAGCGGCUGGCGCUGGGCGAGGCCGGCGGCGGCCCGGGGCUCGACGGCCUCCUAGACCUGCUGCUGGCGCUGCACCACGAGCUCAACAGCGGCCCCCUGCGGCGGGAGCGCAGCGUGGCGCAGUUCCUGAGCUGGGCCAGCCCCUUCGUAGCAAAGGUGAAAGAACUGCGUCUGCAGAGAGAUGACUUUGAGAUCUUGAAGGUGAUCGGCCGAGGAGCCUUUGGGGAGGUUGCCGUGGUGAGGCAGAGGGACACUGGGCAGGUUUUUGCCAUGAAAAUGCUGCACAAGUGGGAGAUGCUGAAGAGGGCUGAGACGGCCUGUUUCCGGGAGGAACGGGAUGUGCUCGUAAAGGGGGACAGCCAUUGGGUGACCACUCUGCACUAUGCCUUCCAAGACGAGGAGUAUCUGUACCUUGUGAUGGACUACUAUGCCGGUGGGGACCUCCUGACACUGCUGAGCCGCUUUGAGGACCGUCUGCCGCCCGAGCUGGCCCAGUUCUACCUGGCCGAGAUGGUGCUAGCUAUCCACUCGCUGCACCAGCUGGGCUAUGUCCACAGGGAUGUCAAGCCAGACAAUGUCCUGCUAGAUGUGAACGGGCACAUUCGCCUGGCUGACUUCGGCUCCUGCCUGCGCCUCAACACCAACGGCAUGGUGGAUUCAUCUGUGGCAGUGGGGACGCCAGACUAUAUCUCCCCUGAGAUCCUGCAGGCCAUGGAGGAGGGCAAGGGCCACUAUGGCCCACAGUGUGACUGGUGGUCGCUGGGAGUCUGCGCCUACGAGCUGCUCUUCGGGGUGACGCCCUUCUAUGCCGAAUCCCUGGUGGAAACCUACGGCAAGAUCAUGAACCACGAGGACCACUUGCAGUUUCCCUUGGAUGUGCCUGACGUGCCAGCCAGUGCCCAAGACCUUAUUCGCCAGCUGCUGUGCCGCCAGGAAGAGCGGCUGGGCCGCGGCGGGCUGGAUGACUUCCGGAGCCAUCCUUUCUUCGAAGGCGUGGACUGGGAGCGGCUGGUGAGCAGCACAGCCCCCUACAUCCCUGAGCUGCGGGGGCCUAUGGAUACCUCCAACUUUGACGUGGAUGACGACACCCUCAACCAUCCAGGGACCCUGCAGCCGCCCUCCCACGGGGCCUUCUCCGGCCACCACUUGCCAUUUGUGGGCUUCACCUACACGUCGGGCAGUCACAGCCCUGAGAGCAGCUCUGAGGCCUGGGCUGCCAUGGAGCGGAAGCUCCGCUGUCUGGAGCAGGAGAAGGUGGAGCUGAGCAGGAGGCGCCAAGAGGCCCCGCAUGCUCCUGCAGACCGUCGGGAGCUGGAGCAGCUCCGGAAGGAAGUGCAGACUCUACGGGAGAGGCUGUCAGAGAUGCUGAGGGAUAAGCCUCCCUUGUCUCAGAUGGAUGGGCCCCCGGCUGGUAGCCCAGGCCAGGCCAGUGACCUACAGCAGGAGCUUGACCGGCUGCACCAGGAGCUGGCCGAGGGUCGGGCAGGGCUGCAGGCUCAGGGGCAGGAGCUCCGCAGGGCCCAGGGGCAGCAGGAGGAGCUGCUCCAGAGGCUGCAAGAGGCCCAGGAGAGAGAGGCGGCCACAGCUAGCCAGAGCCAGGCCCUGAGCUCCCAGCUGGAGGAGGCCCGGGCUGCCCAGAGGGAGCUGGAGGCCCAAGUGUCCUCCCUGAGCCGGCAGGUGAUGCAGCUUCAGGGACAGUGGGAGCAGCACCUUGAGGAGUCUUCCCAGGUCAAGACCGUCCACACAGCCUCUGAGACCAACGGGAUGGGACCCCCGGAGGGUGGGCCUCAGGAGGCCCAACUGAGGAAGGAGGUGGCCGCCCUGCGAGAGCAGCUGGAGCAGGCCCACAGCCACGGGCCGAGUGGUAAGGAGGAGGCUCUGUGCCAACUGCAGGAGGAGAACCGGAGGCUAAGCCAGGAGCAGGAGCGGCUAGAAGCAGAGCUGGCCCAGGAGCAGGAGAGCAAGCAGCGGCUGGAGGGCGAGCGGCGGGAGACGGAGAGCAACUGGGAGGCCCAGCUCGCCGACAUCCUCAGCUGGGUGAACGAUGAGAAGGUCUCCAGAGGCUACCUGCAGGCCCUGGCCACCAAGAUGGCGGAGGAGCUGGAAUCCUUGAGGAACGUGGGCACCCAGACGCUCCCAGCCCGGCCACUGGACCACCAGUGGAAGGCGCGGCGACUGCAGAAGAUGGAGGCCUCGGCCAGGCUGGAGCUGCAGUCGGCACUGGAGGCCGAGAUCCGCGCCAAGCAGGGCCUGCAGGAGCGGCUGACGCAGGUGCAGGAGGCCCAGCUGCAAGCUGAGCGCCGUCUGCAGGAGGCUGAGAAGCAGAGCCAGGCCCUGCAGCAGGAGCUGGCCAUGCUGCGGGAGGAGCUGCGGGCCCGAGGGCCAGGGGACACCAAGCCCUCAAACUCCCUGAUUCCCUUCCUGUCCUUCCGGAACUCAGAGAAGGAUUCUCCCAAGGACCCUGGCAUCUCAGGAGAGGCCCCAAGGCAUAGAGGGGAGCCAGAGCUGAGGCCGGAGGGCCGACGAAGCCUGCGCAUGGGGGCUGUGUUCCUCAGAGCCCCUGCUGCCAACACGGCCCCUACAGAAGGUCUUCCUGCUAAGCCUGGCUCACACACGCUGCGCUCCCGGAGCUUCCCAUCCCCCACCAAGUGUCUCCACUGCACCUCUCUGAUGCUGGGCCUGGGCCGCCAGGGCCUGGGCUGUGAUGCCUGCGGCUACUUCUGUCAUGCAACCUGUGCCCCACAGGCCCCGCCCUGCCCCGUGCCCCCUGACCUCCUCCGCACAGCCCUGGGAGUGCACCCCGAAACGGGCACAGGGACUGCCUAUGAGGGCUUCCUGUCGGUGCCGCGGCCCUCGGGCGUCCGGCGGGGCUGGCAGCGGGUGUUUGCUGCCCUGAGUGACUCACGCCUGCUGCUGUUUGACGCCCCUGACUCAAGGCUCAGCCCGACCAGUGGGGCCCUCCUGCAGGCCCUGGAUCUGAGGGAUCCCCACUUCUCGGCCACUCCCGUCCUGGCCUCUGAUGUCAUCCAUGCCCAAUCCAGGGACCUGCCACGCAUCUUUAGGGUGACGACCUCGCAGCUGGCAGUGCCGCCCACCACGUGCACUGUGCUGCUGCUGGCGGAGAGCGAGGGGGAGCGGGAGCGCUGGCUGCAGGUGCUGGGUGAGCUGCAGCGGCUGCUGUUGGAUGCGCGCCCGAGACCGCGGCCCGUGUACACACUCAAGGAGGCCUACGACAACGGGCUGCCGCUGCUGCCCCACACACUCUGCGCUGCCAUCCUUGACCAGGAUCGACUCGCUCUUGGCACUGAUGAGGGGCUCUUUGUCAUCCAUCUGCACAGCAACGACAUCUUCCAGGUGGGAGAGUGCCGGCGCGUACAGCAGCUGGCCUUGAGCCCCAGCGCUGGCCUGCUGGUCGUGCUGUGUGGCCGUGGCCCCAACGUGCGUCUCUUUGCCCUGGCGGAGCUGGAGAACGUAGAGGUAGCAGGUGCCAAGAUCCCCGAGUCUCGAGGUUGCCAGGUGCUAGCAGCUGGGAGCAUCCUACAGGCCCGCACCCCAGUGCUCUGUGUAGCCGUCAAGCGCCAGGUGCUCUGCUACCAGCUGGGCCCAGGCCCUGGGCCCUGGCAGCGCCGCAUCCGUGAGCUGCAGGCACCUGCCCCUGUGCAGAGCCUGGGGCUGCUGGGUGACCGGCUAUGUGUGGGCACCACCGGUGGCUUUGCCCUCUACCCACUGCUCAAUGAGGCUGCGCCAUUGGUGCUGGGGGCCGGUUUGGUGCCUGAGGAGCUGCCACUGUCCCGCGGGGGCCUGGGUGAGGCACUGGGGGCUGUGGAGCUCAGCCUCAGUGAGUUCCUGCUGCUCUUCACCACUGCCGGCAUCUACGUGGAUAGCGCGGGCCGCAAGUCUCGUGGCCACGAGCUGCUGUGGCCAGCAGCACCCACGGGCUGGGGGUACGCAGCCCCCUACCUGACAGUGUUCAGCGAGAACUCCAUCGAUGUGUUUGACGUGAGGAGGGCAGAAUGGGUGCAGACGGUGCCGCUCAAGAAGGUGCGGCCCCUCAAUCCAGAGGGCUCCCUGUUCCUCUACGGCACCGAGAAGGUCCGCCUGACCUACCUCAGGAACCAGCUGGCAGAGAAGGACGAGUUCGACAUCCCAGACCUCACCAACAACAGCCGGCGCCAGCUGUUCCGCACCAAGAGCAAGCGCCGCUUCUUCUUCCGCGUGUCAGAAGAGCAGCAGAAGCAGCAGCGCAGGGAGAUGCUGAAGGACCCCUUUGUGCGCUCCAAGCUCAUCUCGCCGCCCACCAACUUCAACCACCUGGUACACGUGGGCCCUGCCAACGGGCGGCCGGGCGCCAGGGUCACACCCCGGGCUCCGGAAGAGAAGGGCCGAGGCGCCCGCAGCUCCGGCCCACAACGACCCCACAGCUUCUCCGAGGCAUUGCGGCGCCCAGCCUCCACGGGCAGCGAAGGCCUCGCUGGAGACGCAGACCCCAUGAAGAGGAAAGCUUGGACAUCCCUGUCCAGCGAGUCUGUGUCCUGCCCCCAGGGAUCGCUGAGCCCUGCAGCCUCCCUAAUGCAGGUCUCAGAAUGGCCCCGAAGCCUACCCCUAUCCCCUGAAUCGGAGACCUCUCCUUGAUGCCCUCUGUUAAGACCCACCCCAAUCCCAGGGCAGAAAGACACUUGGGAGCGAAGAGCUUGAGGAAUGCCAUACUCCGGCUGGUCCGGGACAUGGAAAUUCAGACUCAGGGAGGGCCUGGGCUGGGCAAUGACUGGGAGGCUUGCCUGGGUUCCCAGGACUUGGGGGUCCUGACUCCCAGCCCUCAUCCCACCUUACCCCUUUGUUCCCAGCCCCAGCCUUUGCUAGCCAUUGGGAAUAGAAUGGCCCCUUUUGUCCUGGU